CCUGCUCUCACAAUUGAUCAAAGUACGCAGAAUGUCUUUUCAAGAUGCUAUCCACUUUGACAAUGUGUAUCUCCAACUCACGGCCUCCAGCUGGCUUAGCUCGCCUCGGAUCCGCUUCUUCUCGGCUUGGAGUCGUAGCUCCUUUUGCUUCGCCAAUGCAAUCUGGUGCAGUAACGCCUCCACCUCUGCUUCUUCCUUUACACAGCAAUGAUUUGGUUUCCAGUUCGAACUCAGUUCGCUCAGACACACACGAUCGCAUCGACGGGUGUCGUUCUUUAUUGGCAGAUCGUGUGAACCACACCAACAUAAAUUACCGUGAUCCCUUUUUUGCCAGUCAAAAAUGCUGAGGUGGAUAGCUGCUCGCUCGGUGCCACCGCGUCUACCUCUUCGCGCGCAACAUGUAUCGACGCGUCAGGCGGCGCAACUGGAGAUGCAGGUGCUGCAAAAGCUUCGCAGUGUCUCAGAUGGGUUGGGGCUGGGUGAUAUUGUGUCGCUGGGCCGCGUCAAGGAUCUACACGUCGCGCCUGAUACCGGCAAAGUUUCGUGCCAGAUCGAAACGCCAACUCCGGCGUUAAUGGAGCUGGCACAGCAGUGGCAGAAGAAAGCCGAGACAGCAGUGAAAAAUCUGGAGUGGGUCGUGGGUACGGAGUUUAAAAUCUCCAAGUCUCGGCCGCGCAACGCUCGCGCUGGCCGCCUCUCGUCACUGGCUCAUGUGUCGGACAUCAUUGCUGUGUCCAGUUGUAAGGGCGGAGUCGGCAAGUCCACGGUGGCGGUGAAUCUCGCCUUUAGGUGA